GGGGGGAAGGGGGUGGGAAACACAUGAGAAGAACUUUCUUUCCUCUCUCAACUCAACUGUGGAAAAUGGCGGCGUGGACUCCUCGGGAUAAAUGAGGGCAAAGCUGGAAAGGGGAGGAGAGAGGACCAAAAAGUUGUGGAAGAAGUUUGUGCCGCAGCAAUGACUCGUUGGGUCCCAACAAAGAAAGAGAAAUACGGAGUCGCUAUAUACAAUUAUGACUCCAGAGAAGAAGUGGAACUUGCACUGGAGAUUGGUGAUACAGUGCACAUACUGGAGACCUAUGAAGGUUGGUUCAGGGGUUACACACUACGACGUAAGGUGAAAAAGGGUAUUUUUCCUGCUUCAUAUAUUCACCUGAAGGAAGCAACUGUCGAAGGAAAAGGAAAGGAAGGCCAUGACAACGGUUGCAUGCAACAUGAAACAGUUAUCCCAAAUGAGCUUCCACUGGUUCAGGAAGUCACAACAACCCUUCGGGAAUGGUCUGCCAUAUGGCGGCAGUUGUAUGUGAACGACAACCGAGAGAUGUUCAGCCGAGUUAGACAUAUGAUGUACGAUCUUAUUGAGUGGCGAUCGCAGAUUCUUUCUGGAACGCUCCCGCAAGAUGAGCUAAAGGAACUGAAGCAGAAAGUCACUGCCAAAAUAGAUUAUGGCAACAGAAUUCUUGAUCUGGACUUGGUGGUACGAGAUGAAGAUGGCAACAUAUUAGACCCUGACGAAAGCAGUACCAUCAGUCUAUUUAGAGCACAUGAAAUGGCAUCAAAACAAAUAGAGGAAAGAAUACGGGAAGAAAAGUCACAGAAGCAAAAUAUUGAUAUAAAUCGACAAGCCAAAUUUGCUGCCACACCUUCCUUUGGUCUGUUUGUGACUCUGAAGAACGUUGUCUGCAAAAUAGGAGAAGAUGCUGAAGUCUUAAUGUCUUUAUACGACCCUGGUGAAUCCAAGUUUAUCAGUGAAAACUACCUGGUUCGAUGGGCAAGCUCAGGGCUUCCAAAAGAAAUAGACCGAUUAAACAACCUCCGAGCUGUAUUUACGGACCUUGGCAGCAAAGAUCUUAAAAGAGAAAAAAUCAGUUUUGUGUGCCAAAUUGUGAGAGUGGGUCGCAUGGAGCUGAAGGACAAUAAUUUAAAGAAAUUCACUUCUGGGCUGCGAAGACCCUUUGGAGUAGCAGUCAUGGAUGUCACUGACAUAAUCAAAGGCAAAGUUGACGACGAGGACAAACAGCACUUCAUUCCAUUCCAACCGCUAGCGUUGGAUGACGCCAUUCGACACAAGCAGCUGAACAUAUCAUCCCGUUUUUCACCCAGGGUAGCAGGGGAGAAUGACUUCCUUCAGACUGUUAUCAAUAAAGUUAUUGCGGCCAAAGAAGUGAACCACAAGGGUCAAGGUUUGUGGGUGACCAUGAAGUUACUCCCAGGAGAUAUUCAUCAGAUUCGAAAGGAUUUUCCACAUCUGGUUGACAGGUCAACAGCAGUUGCAAGGAAGAUGGGUUUCCCUGAAAUAAUAAUGCCUGGUGAUGUUCGUAAUGAUAUCUAUGUUACACUUGUGCAAGGAGAUUUUGACAAAGGGAACAAAACAACGUCCAAAAACGUGGAAGUCACAAUGACUGUGUAUGACGAGGAAGGGAAGCGUUUGGAGAACGUCAUUUUUCCUGGUGCUGGAGAUGAAGGCAUCUCUGAAUAUAAAUCUGUCAUUUACUACCAAGUGAAGCAGCCCCGUUGGUUUGAGACAGUCAAGGUGGCAAUCCCUAUUGAAGAUGUUAAUCGUAGUCAUUUAAAGUUCACAUUCCGGCAUCGAUCAUCCCAGGAUUCCAAAGACAAAUCUGAAAAGAUAUUUGCCUUGGCAUUUGUCAAGCUAAUGAGGUUCGAUGGAACAACACUGAGGGAUGGAGAACAUGACCUAAUAGUGUAUAAGUGGGAUGCCAAAAAGCCAGAAGAUGCAUCGCUAUACUUAAAUUUGACAGCAACUAAACUGUUACUUGAAGAAAAGGGUUACACCCUGACUGGAAAGAACAUGCACAGCACUGGAAACUUUCCCAUUAGCAAAGACUCGUUUCAGAUUUCCACCUUGGUCUGUUCAACAAAACUCACACAGAAUGUGGAUCUCCUGGGACUUUUGAAAUGGCGGUCCAACAUAAAUUUACUGCAACAGAAUUUGAGACAGCUUAUGAAGGUGGAUGGAGGAGAAGUGGUUAAGUUUUUACAGGAUACACUUGAUGCACUUUUUAACAUCAUGAUGGAGAAUUCUGACAGUGACACAUUUGAUACAUUAGUAUUUGAUGCUCUGGUAUUUAUUAUUGGACUCAUUGCUGAUAGAAAAUUCCAGCACUUCAAUCCAGUUCUCGAAACUUACAUCAAAAAGCACUUUAGCGCAACCUUAGCUUACACGAAACUUACCACCGUGUUGAAAACCUAUGUGGAGCAUCCAGAGAAGCCUUCUGUUAGUGACCAACUAUUCAAAGCUAUGAAAGCUUUGGAAUACGUCUUCAAAUUCAUUGUUCGCUCCAGAAUACUGUUUAAUCAAUUGUAUGAAGACAAAGGAGAAGCUGAUUUUAUGGAUUCCUUGAGGCAGCUGUUCAGGUCAAUCAACGAGAUGAUGAGCGGCACUUCAGAUCAGAAUGUAAUAGUUAAGGGUGCAGCCUUGAAGUACCUCCCAACAAUUGUCAACGAUGUAAAGCUGGUAUUUGAUCCUAAGGAGCUUAGCAAACUAUUUACAGACUUUAUCCACAACGUUCCGCCGGGCAAGUUAGUGCUUCAGAAGCUCUACUGUUUGAUAGAAAUAGUGCACAGUGACCUCUUCACACAUCACGACUGCAGAGAAAUCCUUCUACCCUUGAUGACCGAUCAGCUGAAACACCACCUGGAAAGACGAGAAGAACUGGAGGCAUGCUGCCAGCUUCUUAGCAAUAUCCUUGAAGUACUCUACAAAAAGGAUGGGGGACCAACGCAGAGACAUGUCCAGAUAAUUAUGGAGAAACUACUGAGAACUGUAAACAGGACGGUCAUCUCUAUGGGACGGAAUUGUGACUUAAUCGGCAAUUUUGUUGCUUGCAUGACCGCAAUCCUCAGGCAGAUGGAGGAUUAUCAUUAUGCCCAUUUAAUCAAGACCUUUGGGAAAAUACGAUCAGAUGUUGUGGACUUUCUGAUGGAGACAUUCAUCAUGUUCAAAGAUCUCAUUGGAAAAAAUGUCUAUCCUGCUGACUGGGUUAUAAUGAACAUGAUGCAAAAUAAAGUCUUCCUGCGAGCAAUAAAUCAGUAUGCAGAUGUGCUGAAUAAGAUGUUUCUUGAUCAAACAAACUUUGAGUUGCAGUUGUGGAACAAUUACUUUCACUUGGCUGUUGCGUUUCUAACACAAGAAUCACUACAGGUGGAAAAUUUCUCCAGUGCAAAACGUGCCAAAAUAAUUAACAAAUACGGUGACAUGAGACGACAAAUUGGAUUUGAGAUCCGAGAUAUGUGGUAUAACCUUGGCCAACACAAAAUCAAAUUUAUCCCAGAAAUGGUGGGUCCAAUCUUGGAAAUGACGCUUAUUCCAGAAACUGAGCUCAGAAAAGCAACGAUUGCCAUCUUCUUUGACAUGAUGCAGUGUGAAUUUCACUCGACAAGAUAUUUUCAUAAGUUUGAAAAUGAGAUCAUCACCAAGCUGGAUCAUGAGGUGGAAGGAGGCAGAGGAGAUGAACAGUACAAAGUGUUGUUCGAGAAGAUCCUUCUAGAACAUUGUAGAAAGCACAAGUACCUUGCUAAGAAUGGAGAAAACUUUGUCAAGCUGGUGGUUAGGCUUAUGGAGAGGCUUUUGGAUUACAGAACAAUAAUGCACGAUGAAAACAAAGAAAACCGCAUGAGUUGUACAGUGAAUGUACUGAACUUCUACAAAGAAAUUGAGAGAGAGGAAAUGUACAUCAGGUAUCUGAACAAAUUGUGUGAUCUGCACAAAGAGUGUGAUAACUACACUGAAGCAGCUUACACCUUGUUGCUUCAUGCAAAACUCCUAAAGUGGUCAGAGCAGCCCUGUGCUGCCCACCUCAAUCAGAGAGAUGGAUACCAAGCACAGACCCAAGGACAGCUUAAAGAACAGAUUUAUCAGGAAAUCAUCCACUACUUUGAUAAGGGGAAGAUGUGGGAGGAGGCCAUUUCUUUGGGCAAAGAGCUCUCAGAACAAUAUGAAAAUGAGAUGUUUGAUUAUGAACAACUGAGUGAUUUGCUGCAAAAACAAGCCCAAUUCUAUGAGAACAUUGUUAGAGUGAUUCGAGCCAGGCCUGAUUACUUUGCAGUUGGAUACUAUGGUCAAGGCUUUCCUUCAUUUAUUCGGGGCAAGAUGUUCAUUUACAGAGGAAAAGAGUAUGAGCGACGUGAAGAUUUUGAAGCAAGAUUAUUCACUGUAUUUCCCAAUGCGGAAAAAAUGAAGACAACAUCUCCACCAGGCGAUGAUAUUAAAAGCUCUCCUGGGCAGUAUAUUCAGUGUUUCACAGUACAAACCAUCCGUGAGCUUCCACCUAAGUUCAGGAACAAGCCUAUCUCAGAGCAAAUAUUGAGUUUUUACACAGUGAAUGAGGUGCAACGGUUCCAGUACUCCAGACCGACCAGGAAAGGAGAGAAAGACCCAGACAAUGAAUUUGCUAAUAUGUGGAUUGAAAGGACCACGUAUGUCACAGAAUACAAAUUACCCGGCAUUCUGAGAUGGUUUGAAGUGAAAUCGGUCUCAACGGUUGAAAUAAGUCCUUUGGAAAAUGCAAUUGAAACAAUGCAAUUAACAAAUGAGAAGAUCACGAAUAUGGUUCAACAGCACAUGAAUGAUCCAAACCUGCCCAUUAACCCUCUCUCCAUGCUGCUGAAUGGAAUUGUGGAUCCCGCAGUAAUGGGAGGAUUCACCAAUUACGAAAAGGCUUUCUUCACUGGAAAGUAUGAACAGGAACAUCCUGAAGACCAGGAGAAGAUUGAAAAGCUAAAGGACCUAAUUGCAUGGCAGAUCCCGUUCUUGAGUGAAGGUAUCCGAAUUCAUGGUGAGAAGGUAUCCGAAGCAUUGAGGCCAUUCCAUGAGAGAAUGGAAACUUGUUUCAAACAGUUGAAGGACAAAGUGGAGAAGCAGUAUGGGAUCAGAACCCUUCCUUCGAAUCUGGAUGACCGCAGAGGAAGUCGGCCAAGGUCAAUGGUGAGAUCUUUCACAAUGCCAUCGACUCCAAGACCUCUGUCAGUUGUAUCAGUCUCUUCUAUAUCAUCCGACAGUACCCCAUCCAGACCUGGCUCUGAUGGGUUUAUUCUUGAACCCCUCCUUCCAAAGAAGAUGCACUCAAGAUCUCAGGACAAAUUGGAUAAGGAUGAUGUGGAGAAAGAAAAGAAAGACAGGAAAAAGGAAAAGAGGAAUAGCAGACAUCAAGAAAUAUUUGAUAAAGAGUUUAAGACCACUGAGAUUCCUAGUCAACCUGCAGAAGCAGUGAUUCUCUCUGAAACGAUCAGUCCAUUAAGGCCACAAAGACCAAAGAGUCAGGUGAUUACUAUCAUGGGAGGUGAUCGACGUUUUUCUGCAUCACCUUCACCACAGUCUAUUGCAGCAGUGCCACCUCCAGUAACUCCCAGAGCCAAAUUAUCUAUUUCAUUACAGAUUGGCCAAAACAUGGAGUUAAAUGGCACGGCCAAUCCUGAGCAGACUGGAGUCCCACCUCCUCUUCCUGUCAAAGGCAAUAGUGGGGAUUAUGGAACGCUGACUGAUAGUCAGGAACUCACCAUUCCUAGCACUCCACCACCUCCACCACCACAUCAAUCCAGGCUCCCUCCACCAUUGCCCAGCAAGACUCCUCCUCCACCUCCUCCAAAGGCAGCUCGGAAACAAACAUCAAUAGAUUCUGGGAUUGUACAGUGAUAAGUUGAUAUUGUAUUCAGUACCACUUCCAACAUAUGCAAUUCUUUUUCAAAAAAGACCAAAAAAACAUAUCCCCUUGGUCCCCUUUUAUUUUCUCUUUACAAAUUCAAAAGACAUUCGAACAUUAUUUACCUCAUUUGAACCUGCACCAGUCAAAAUUUGUAUCGCAGUGGUUCCAUUUACCACAAUAAGGAGAUGGAAAGUGCAUUUUAGCCAACAAAUAAAUUCUGCUGCUGAGUCAUAAUUUUUCACUACCACAAAUAAUGUGGGUGUAGAUAACGCCCAAAACCUAUUCAUUGAACCUUUCAAAGGACUGAGAAUGUUCUCUUAAUGGAUUGAAAACUUGCACCACCUGAUUUAGACUAGCGUAAUGAUUUCUGGAUUCAAACCGCAUGAGUGUUUUACUUCUCUUGAUUCUGCAGUUAGUUAAUUCUUGGUCUGAAGCUUUGCUUAGUUUUGAGCAAGACGGGUAAAGUAGUAGACAUUGUUGGAAAAAAGAAACAGCUUACUGCUUUGUCCAUAAGGGUGUAAUCGUUAUGUAUAGAAGUUUGUAUAUAUGAAGCUGAAAAUUUUAAAACUUGUUUUAUGGUGUCAACAUUUAUUACCAUUUGCUUGGUAUAAUUCUGCAAAUGAAUUCAUUCCUAAUGAGAACUUUUAGAUUUUGAAGCCUAUUGACUGUAAAGUACUGGUCAUAUUUUGCUAAAUGUCUUGUUUCUAGUUUUAUUUAAUAGGAUCAAAAAAUGGGUAACAUAUGCCAACUAACUCCUGUUCCUUUAUAGUGGCAUUGUCAUUUAUAAAAUAUAAUUUUUAGCAAUUUUUCUGUAUUCAUGUAAUGAGCGAGAUUAGAUUGUUCGAAAUCCACUACUGAUAAAAAUACAAGUUUCAUUGUCUGAAUGUGUUGUUAAUUAGACUUGCUUUGUCUCCUAGUUACCUUCAGUUCAAAAGAUUUAACUGGGAUAAAUGGAAAUACCUUUUCCUUCAAAAUCUGAAACAAGGUGUGCUGCUGUCAAAAUUAUUGUAACACAACAUUUUGACGACUGGAUCACUUUGUUAUUUGAAAAUCAAACCAUAACAUCUUUCAAAUUGUGUUUUCAUUGUUCAGAAUACAAAAUAGCUCAUACUGUACAGUUCUCUAGUUGGGCUAUGUGUGGAGUAGAAGGCACAAAUCUGGUCAUUGCAACAUAAAGAGCUGCCCAGGCCAAGCAAUGGAGCUAAUCCCCAACAUUUAGGAGAUGGACGACGUGUGAAUGACUGGAUAAAUUGGAGCUUUUCAUCCUUGUAACUGGAUAUGGGGGAGCCGGCUUAGACCAUGCUCUAGUUGAGCGCAGAUUUGAUUACAAAUGGGUCCACUGUUCCAUAGGAUUAUCAACCUCCUGUGCUGACUCGCUGGCUCCCUAUGCUAAGAAAUGUGACCUUUCUAUGUGCUAGGCAGGCACAUGUUUUCUGCACAGGAAACAUCAAUGAUGCCACGAUGUUAUCAGUGCUUUUUUAUACAAAAUGGGCAGAGAUAGACAGGAAGUAAUGUCAAUGGUGACCUGAUGACCCUGAAGUCGGCAAUAUGUUUUGUUCCUCUGGACCCAAAUGACUGGGUAUGAAGGAUCUGCCCUGUAUCUCAAUUGUUUCCUUACAGGUAUAUAGCGAAACAGAGAGCGUGUAUCCAGGCAAUAUCUUCAGAUACACAAGCAGAGUAAGGGCUUUCAGGUUCAGGGUUGUGAAUGGGCACAGGUUAAGAAGCUUUAAAGAAGAAACUGGAUGAUAUCGAAAGCUAGUAGGGUGGGUAUUCUGCAAAGAUGAGUUUUAAUAGACUACUUUAAAAUAAAAUAUGUGACGUAUUGUUUUCUUAAAUCAUUCUUGAUAGGAUUACACAUAUAUUGCAGUGCCGUUAAGAUUUACAACACCUGGCUGAUGAUGAAUUUAAUCUUCUCAUAAAAUAAAUGGGAAUUAUUGACCAAA